AUGGAACUACGACUAGUAAGCAUUCCUCUCCUCCUGCUGGCCUUGACAGCUGUUCAUGGUGAAAGAUAUGUUGUCAAGAAAGUCAUGAAAGCCCCUCAGUACCAGCCAUACUCAGUGAAGAGCCAUGUGGUGUCAGUAGCAGGUGAGCCAGGUGCUCCAGGUGAGCCAGGACCUGCUGGACCCCCUGGACCUCCUGGACCCCCAGGGAAGAGUGCUGUCGGACUGCCAGGACCACACGGACCUCCUGGACCACCAGGACCUGCUGGCCUCACUGUACCUGGAAAACCAGGUUCUCCAGGUGGACCUGGGAAGCCUGGUUCCCCAGGUGCACCUGGGCCAAAGGGAGAGACAGGUGCAACUGGUCCCCAGGGUCCAAGGGGAAUGCCAGGGCCAACCGGAAGCCCUGGACCUGCUGGCUUCUCUGCCCCUGGCAAACCUGGACCACAUGGCUUGCCAGGACCAAUGGGGCCAAGGGGGGAGCCAGGUAUUAAGGGACAUCCAGGUAUUCCUGGUCUGCCAGGAUCAAAGGGAGACAGGGGAAUUGGAAUUCAGGGACCAGCAGGUGAUAGAGGUCCAACAGGACCCAUGGGUCCUCCUGGGGCACCAGGUGAACCUGGUGUUGGCAAACCUGGUAAACCUGGAUUUCCUGGUGAACCUGGCAAGUCAGGCUCACCCGGUCGGGAUGGGGCUCCAGGUCCCAUGGGAGUUCCUGGUCCCAAAGGUCAAACUGGUGCUCCAGGAGUGGGAAUGCCAGGUAAGCCAGGUGAUAAUGGUGCUCCAGGUAUGCCUGGACCUAUGGGCCCUAAAGGUCAUCAGGGAGCAGCUGGAGCUCCUGGUGCCCCUGGUGUACCAGGUUAUGGAAAGCCAGGAGUACCUGGACAGAAAGGUGAGAGAGGUGUAGUGGGUAGCCCAGGCACAACAGGUCAGAAAGGUGAACCAGGUCCAAUGGGUGCUACUGGACAUACAGGUGCCACAGGUCCCAUGGGCCCUCCUGGUCCUCAGGGUGCAAGAGGUUUCCAGGGAGAUAGUGGACUGCCAGGUGCUAAAGGUGACACAGGACCAAUGGGACCUGCUGGACCAAGGGGAUUAAAGGGUGAAAGGGGGGCACAAGGAUUUGAGGGUAAGCAGGGUUACACUGGGGCAACAGGCCCAGCUGGUGCUCCAGGACCUGCUGGACCUCAAGGUACAAAAGGAGCUCCUGGUCACACAGGGGCACCAGGUGCUCCAGGAGCACCUGGACCUGCUGGACCUAAAGGUGUUUCAGGACAUCCUGGAGCAGCAGGUGCAAGAGGAGAUACAGGUGCCCCAGGCCCAAGAGGACCUGUAGGUCCAGCAGGCCCUGCAGGUGCGCCAGGCCUCAAGGGUCACCCAGGGCUUCCUGGGUCACCUGGCCCUGCAGGUUUGACUGCUAAGGGAAUCCCUGGUCCUCAGGGUCCACCUGGACUUCCUGGAGAAAAUGGUAAAGAUGGUCAGGCAGGACCCCCUGGCCCUCCUGGUCCACCUGGCCCUCCUGGUGAGGUCAUUUUUGAGAAGAGCAUGAAAGCAGGUGAAAUUGUGGUACCUACUCUCAUCAAGACCCCCAUGUCUGCUUUCACAGUUGCAACAGUAACACCUUACCCUCCAUCCGGUACUCCUAUUAAAUUUGAUCAGGUUGUAUAUAAUGCAGAGCAGCAUUAUGACCCUGAAACUGGUAUCUUUACCUGCCAGGUUCCUGGAAUCUACUACUUUUCUUACAGUAUGCAUGUGAAUGGAGCUAACGCUCUGGUAGCACUGUACAAAAACAGUGAUCCUGUCAUGUUCACCUAUGAUGAAUAUAACAAGGGCUUCUUGGACCAGAUGUCUGGCAGUGCUGUCCUUCAGCUUAAUGAGCAGGACACUGUUUAUGUCCAGAUCCCUGAUGAUGAGGCAAAUGGUGUCUUUGCAGCAGAUAAUGUCCAUUGCUCUUUCAGUGGUUUCCUGAUCGCUUCUACGUGA